GUUUGUUGCGAAUAAAAUCCUUGCGUAGAAGUGGGCAGAGUGCGGCGUAGCAAACAGACUACACCUGUUCUGGCCUCCGGAUUUUUCACAUAAAGCGACCGCGAUAAGCCUCUGAGAAUUCACCUGCUAUUGCGAGGCGUACUUCAUUGCUUCACAAAAUCCGCAGGAUAACCACUCGCUGAGCCACCUCAUACCUACAGCGCGGCCUACCACUGGAACGAGGCAAUCACCUACCCGGCACCUUUUUCAUAAUUCACAACGGCCCAGCAAUACCUCUAUUACUUCGACUUCGGCUUCGAUUUGAUCCUCUCUUACGUUAAAAAUGGCUUCUACGUUUCCCACAUUGCCUCAAGAGAUGGUCAAUAGUAUCACUCCGUAUCCAGCUCAGACUAAUCUCUCCAACCUAUCGAAGACCUACAAAGCCAUCCGAAUCGUGACACUCGAGGCUCUUUUCAAGAAAAUUACGAUGACCUGGAAAGGCGAUAGCAAAGAGUAUCCUAAAGAGCACAAAGGUCAUAUGCUUGAAUCGCCGUGCAUCAAUCUCCUCCGGACCAUGAUCGAGACACCAAAGUUGGUAACCUACAUCUCCAUUGUCAGCUUGCGAGCAGAAGGCUUUCGGCGCCAUGGAAGCUUUCUUUUCGGUCCGAGCCUGCCCUCGCCCUUGAAGCCCCAGAGUGAAACGUUCCUAGCAACUCUACGAGAGACGGGAAUGCCAAAACGAGAAGACAUGGAAGCGGGGCUAAAAGCCAAUUCUCUCGAUGCUAUCAUUGCUUUAUUUCUUGUGAAAUGCCCGAAUCUAACAACUCUCACAAUAGCGCAAGACUUGCUAAGACAUAAUCAUCAUAUCGGAGGUGUUUUAUCACAUGCUCUCUCCGCUCAACCAACUACGAAAACGACCAAGCUGGAACACCUCAAAUCGCUGAAUUUAGGAGCUGAUCCCGAGACAGAAAAACAGCACAUAGGCUUUUACAUCGAAGACCUGGGGAGUUCCCUUGACAUGCGACUAUAUCUUCCCUUUUUCCACUUGCCCACACUUGAGGAAGCCGAGAUGAACCUCCCAGCUGAAUGGAACCAAAACGAAGAACAAGACAAGUCACUAGCGAUAAUGCCGGGGAACGCGCCUUCGCUGAAAAAUUGCGGUUACCCCAAACAGGUGCUUCACCUUUGGUACUACGAAAAGUCCUGGCUUCUACACCGAAUCUUGUAUCCCUGGAUUACAACGUUUGGUUUCCCUGUACGCACAACUUUAAUGGUCCUGCGCUCACAUCCAGCCUCGAACUAGUAAAGGUCACCCUCACCCAUCUCAAAAUCAGUUUUGAGUGCUACACGUACGCGGGUUCCGAUGCCACGGAGAACUCGAUUUACUAUCUAUCGUUUGCUCACAACUGCUCAUUGAAAGGUCUCUCAGCUCUGAGGGACGUUGAA